AUGGCAUCUAAAUCUUAUGCGCUUGAAAACAUCCUUGCUGUGGCCAAAGUCCACCCUUUCUAUUCGGAUGUCGAGUAUCCCCCAACGCGAGAAUCAUUGGCGAAGAUUCUGGCCGAGGCUAGCGAGAACGACAAUUCUAAGCGGUUACAGUUGAAAGACUUCCCCCUCAUACGCAAGGAGACUCUCUACCAGUCAAUCAAAAGACUGUCUGCGGACACAAACCCUCGUAACGGCUACCGCCAGCAUGGGUACAUCAGCGUUACUGGGGGAGGAUCUGGCGGCGUUCCUAUGGUGUUUGUCACAGAUUCCGCUGAGAAUCGAAAGCACCGGGACGUGAUGGGCUCGCUCAUUCGUGGCUGUGGUCUGAUUAAGCCGGGGGAUUGGAUGCUGACUAUGCAUAUCUCGGGAUUUUUCUAUCGGGCGCUUGAUUUGGUGACCGAGUUGGUCGAACAGGCGGGCGGGAGCGUUCUCUGCGCUGGCCAUAACAUGUCGUACGCCGAAGUUGUUGCCGCAGCCAUCAAUUAUCAAGUCAAUGUGAUUGCUGGAGACGGCAGCCAGAUGGUCCAGCUGGCGGCAUACAUCUCGUCUCUGCCUCCGGCGCAGCGAGAGGCCAUCAAGAUCACCAAGUUCCUGUAUACAUCCGAGCCGCUGAUCCGGGCCCAGAGAGCUUUCAUCAGAUCAGUGAUGGGCCCCAUAGCGAUUUGCUCGAUCCUAGGCAGCUCCGAGGCUGGGGCGUGGGCUGUCGCUAAUCUGGAUCUGACGGGCGAUACCGAAGAUGACUACACGGAGUUCAUCUUCGACACGCGGUCCAUGGUGAUCGAAGUGCUGCCCAUGUCGGUGGAGGACGAAGACCAGCUGGAGAGCAACCCCGGGGCGGUGGGCGUGAGCGAGGUCGCCGAGGGAGAAAUCGGCAUCAUUGUGCAGACCUCGCUGCAGCGGCUGCGCCAUCCGCUGGUGCGAUACGUGUCGGGCGACAUGGGCUCGCUCCGCCCGCUGCCGGCUGCCGCUCUGGCGUCCAUCCCGGCGGCGGACGCGCCGUACAUGAAGUUCCUGCGGCUGUAUGGCCGCGAUCGACGGUUCAGCUUCAAGUGGUAUGCGGAAUACUUCACGUUUGCCAAGCUGGAGACGUUCAUGCGCACGCCGGCGUACGGCAUCAUGCAAUGGCAGGUUGUGCUCAGCUACACCGCCGGCACGCCCGAGAUCGCGCUGGAAGUCCGCGUGUUUCGACCGGGCGAGGACACGAGCGAGCUGGUUUCGACGGAGGACGUCACACAGCGCAUCAAGCGGUUUUUCGGGCUGUUGCCGAUCAACGAGCACCUCUUCAACCUGGUCUUUGUGCGUAGUGCAGACGAGUUUGAGCGCAGUAAGACGGGCAAUAAAAUCAUCAAGUUCGUCGACCGCACGAAGAAGCUAUGA